AACGGUGAUUUGAUAAUUGAACAUUUUAAUUUUAACCUCCUCAUCCGCGUUUUCAUUUUUGUUUAUGUUUUCCCGUGACUGUUAAAACAUGGAUAAUUUCCGAUUAAUUUAAAUAGUUUGAGUCUGUCGCCUUCAAAAAAGACGAACAUGCAGAAAUAUGAGAAAUUAGAGAAAAUAGGUGAAGGAACCUAUGGAACGGUGUUCAAAGCCAAAAAUCGUGAGACGCUUGAGAUUGUUGCAUUGAAGCGAGUCCGCCUUGAUGAUGAUGAUGAGGGGGUCCCUUCAUCCGCAUUGAGAGAAAUUUGUUUACUGAAGGAGCUGAAGCACAAGAAUAUUGUAAGGCUUUAUGAUGUAUUGCACAGUGACAAGAAGCUGACCCUUGUAUUUGAACACUGUGAUCAAGACUUGAAGAAGUAUUUUGAUAGCCUCAAUGGUGAAAUUGAUCUAGAUGUUGUCAAAUCGUUUAUGUACCAACUAUUAAGGGGAUUAGCAUUUUGUCACAGCCACAAUGUACUCCACAGGGACCUCAAACCACAAAAUUUACUGAUAAACAAAAAUGGGGAGUUGAAAUUAGCGGAUUUUGGAUUAGCAAGGGCGUUUGGGAUCCCAGUAAAGUGUUACUCAGCUGAAGUAGUCACCCUUUGGUAUCGACCUCCAGAUGUGCUUUUCGGUGCCAAACUUUACACAACCUCCAUUGACAUGUGGUCAGCUGGUUGUAUAUUUGCAGAGUUAGCCAAUGCUGGCCGGCCUUUAUUUCCCGGAUCGGACAUCGAUGACCAGUUAAACCGGAUAUUCAGACUGCUCGGUACACCGACAGAGAAAGCUUGGCCAUCGAUCACACAUCUCCCUGACUACAAGCCACACCCAAUAUACCACCCAAACAUGAGUUUUGCACAGGUUGUUCCCAAACUGAAUUCAAAAGGACGGGAUCUGCUCCAGCGGUUGCUCGUAUGCAAUCCGACACAGAGACUCGGUGCUGAGGAUGCCAUGUCACACAGCUACUUUCUCGACAUGAGUCUCAAGCUGCAACAGUGACAGCAAAUUGAGUCUAACCUCUUAAUGAUGGAUUUCCCACUUGUCGGACUCUCAUAAAAUUAAGGUAAAUUGUUUGUGGCAUUUAUGUCAAGAGGACAGUCAACUUCUUAGACAGCUUUCCAAGUCCAUGCACUUACCUUAAAACUUAAUGUCAAGUUAAAAUGGAUGCCCCCUGAGUAAGAUUUAUCUUUUAAUUUUAAUUGAAAGAUUAUUAUUCUGUACAAAUUAAUUUUGUAAGUAUACUUUUUAUAAACUAUUUAUUUUCUUAAAUUUACAUUGCCUAAUUUUUACCAUUUUAAAGCUCCCAUUCUUGUAUAUGCAAGUAGUUUAUGUGUAUUUGUGAGUGAAUAUUGAAAAUAAAAGUAUGUAUAUUUACACUUAUAGAAUUUUAGUUUGGAAGAAAGAUUUUGGAUAAUGUCCAUCCUGAUUUUGUGGAACUCCAUAAUAGAUGGUACGAAAUAAUUGACUUUUCCACAAUAGAUAUUAAUUAAGUCAGACCCUUUAUGGUGUAGUAUAGACCAUCUUCAAUAACUAAAAAGCAAAAUUGGUACAAAUUAUACACUAUUAUAUACAAGCUAAUAAUAGUUUUGGUGUAUUCUUUAUUAUUAACCUGCCUGCAAUUAGUAUAUAAUUUGUACCAAUUUUAUUUAAUAAUAAUAAUUACUUAAUGAAGAUGGUCUAUAUUAGACCAAAAUGCGUUGUAACAACACUUUCGGCCAUAGACUACCUGCAUCCCAACCCAUUCUGACUGGUUGGCCUGACCUAGCUCCAUGGGCGUCCAUCAGUACAACUGUCUUUACAAUGUUUCAAUAGCGUUAAAUAAAUUUUUACAAAUUGGCAAA